UGACUUGACACCGGUCUUCACGCUCCUCUGUCGGCAGUCGCUCGUACCGGAGACAACGAAGCGCUGGAUUCAAGUAUUUAAUCCGGUUGUCUGACUUAAGACACUCGGUUCCUGCAGGUAGGAUUACAUACUGCAGGGAUGGGCCGUGAUCUGGAUGGCUGACGGACCGCGACCAGGACCAAUCACAUAAUAAGAUGCUGGCUCGUAACCGCUUCCUCCUCCUGGUAGUGGUGGGCGGGGCCGCGCUGGCCAUCAUCAGCCUGAGCCUCCAGUUCUGGAACCUGAUCCCCACCACUCCCAUACUGGAGGAGCAACCCUUCCAGGCUGCAGAUGGAGGUGUUGGGGUGGCGCUGGGGAAGAGCAGAAAGAGAGUGUUCCCGGUGCCUCACACCCAGGAGCCCAACCCUAUAUCUGAGGCUUACAGCUAUUGCAACACUCCCAACCGCACUGAACAGGCCUGGGAGGGUCACAGUCCUGCUGACUACAAGCUGCUGUCUGUCCAGGUGAUGAUUCGCCAUGGUGACCGCUACCCACUCUACUACAUCCCCAAGACCAAACGGCCCGCCAUCGACUGCACCUUGUCCAUCAGCAGGACGCCUUCCCACCCCCUGCUGAACUCCUUCAUCCGUCACAUGGGCCAGGGAGGUCGCGGCCACUGGGAGUCUACACUGGCCUCUGUUCCCCGUCUGCCCAACCACAGUGCCUGUGAGAUGGGAGAACUCACGCAGACAGGUGUGGUGCAACACCUGCGCAACGGGCAGCUCCUCCACCAAGCCUACAAGCGUCACAAUCUCCUCCCCUCUGACUGGUCGCCCCGCCAGGUGUGGGUUGAGACCACAGGUAAGAGCCGCACUCUCCAGAGCGGACUGGCCUUCCUCUACGGCUUCCUCCAGGACUUUGAUUGGACGAAACUGACCACACGGCACCAGUGGAGCACGUUGUUCUGCGGCUCGGCCUGCGACUGCCCCACCAGAAACCGAUACCUGGAGGAAGAGCAGAGGAGGCAGUAUCGACUCAGAGUAAGUGAUACCGAACUCGAGAGGACUUACGCUGAUAUGGCACGCACUUUGGGUCUGCUCACCCGCCAGCUCCGAGCUGCAAACCCCAUAGACUCCCUGCUGUGCCACCUGUGCCACGGCAUUUCUUUCCCUUGUGUUCCCACGGGAGAUGGCACCAGUGGAUGUCUGACAGUGGCACAGUUUGCUGUGAUUCGUCGACAGCAGCUAGAUGAUGAGGUGGAUCGGAGAAGAGUGGGGCUGUACCGUAAAUAUGCCAUCCUGGCCAUGUACCCCUACCUCAACCGAACUGCUGCCAAGAUGGAGCGUGUUGCCAAGGACAAUGAGGCUGGCAGACAGCAUCGUGCAGGGGGUGAGGAGGUCUUCACCCUGUCUUCAGCCCACGACGUUACCAUGGCACCGUUGCUGAGCGCCCUGGGACUGGAGGAGGCACGCUUCCCUCGUUUUGCAGCAAGAGUAGUCUUUGAACUGUGGAAGAGUCCCCCAGCCAUGCAAGGACAACCGAAGAAGAGGGCUGGCAAAGGUGAGAAGUCUAAGGCGAAAGACGGGGAACUGUUCAUCAGGGUGCUGUAUAAUGGCGAGGAUGUGACAUUUCACACCACCUUCUGUCGCUCCCACGACCGCCACGCCAGCCAGCCCCUCUGCCCUCUGAAGAACUUCCUGUCUUUUGUCAGGAGAGACAUGUUCAGUGUUGUCAACGCUACUUCCUACCAGGAGGCCUGCUACAGGCGCCCUGGUUGACAGAUGGACAGGACGGUGACUGAGUAGGGAUGCAGAGCUGGCAGAUGGUUGUACUUCUCUUGGUUUUUUUGUUUCUGUUAUUUUUCACUUUUGAAAAUGAUGCACUUUUAUGCUGCUUCACUGCUUAUAGUGUCCUAAAAUUCCACAUCUUUUUAAAAGUAGUCAUUUACAUUCCUGAGCACAAAGUGAGUGACACACACACACACACACACACACACACACACACACAUAUACACACACACACACACACACACACAC